AUGUCUGGUGUUCUUUUCAAUUUUCUUUGGACUGACAAAGAAUGCACCCUAAAAGUACAGCCCAUUCACCCUGCCAUAGUUACUAAUGCACAAAACCCGCAAAAAGGAGGAAUCGAAUAUGUUCUGGCAGAGACCCUAUUGCGCCCAGACGACCCCCAAACCCGAGGAAACAAGCGUACCGGCGAGUAUUCCAGGGAAUUUAGGCAUCCCAUUCAGCACAAGAUCCACAGCAGAAAUAACACCAUAUGCCGCUCCCACAGCUCCGAGGGACGCGUUCAUAACAGCGGGGGCACAUCAAGGCGACUCCCAAACUUCUACGGGCGCUCGGAUGAAGAUGCGAGUAAGAAGCCACCCUCCCUAGACCGGGCAAGCAAGAAACGGCAGCAGCUGCUGACAGACCUAGAGGGACUGUUCCAGCACGUGGAAGUAAUAUUAAGUUUGACACGGGUUUCUUGUGUUCUUUUUCUACUUGGAGGCACUGUUAUGAGCCCCAGGGAGUUCUAUGAGCUCAACUUGGAGAGUAUCUGUGAGGGCAGUGCUGAGGAGAGCCUGGAACGUGCCUCCUGCGUUCGCAAGCUUUUUCGCUCCUUUGUUGCGGAUGUCUUCAGUGAACUUGAGCCUGCUUGUGACCUGCCUGUCGUGGGCACUGUUGUCAUGCUCCAGGGGCACUGCAGUUGUGGUGAUGACUGAACACUGACCGUGAACUUGUCCUGUGAUGGAGGCAUCGACAUAAGCGCCUCACCUCAUCAGCCUCUGGCUUCUACUUGGGAGGACUAUGUCUGGUUUCAAGCACCAGUGACCCUCAAAGGCUUUCGAGAAUGACCUGUGCUCUGUGGAACUCUAGUGGAAUAUUGAAUGAGCUUUGGUGAUGCUUUAAGGGACACUGACUUUAUCAAAUGUAACCGCAUAUUCUUGUCUGUUUGGGUCUCUUCUUCAGAGCAUCUGCUGUCUUCCUACAGCUCGACCCUGUUCCUCUGCCCUCACCUCUGGAAUUUUUGUUGAAAGCAAAUACCUGUUAAGGUACAGCUGCACCUUCACCACCCCCCCACUCCACCCCCGCCCCGAGUGAUUCUAUAGGGACGUGAGUUGUGGCACAGGAGAUGAAUUGCUGUGUGGGGAGUAAAAGUUUCCUGUUGUGUGCUUACUGAAUUGGCAAAUACUGGAGACAGUCUUCUCUCUCCUGGCUGUGUCUCUGGUAACAAGUACUAUGUUAGCUGAUUGUUUGGGGCUCUAGAUAGCGUGUGUGAAUACACUUGGCCUUUGCCAUCAAGGCCAUCACUGUUCUUUGUCUAUUCUGCUUCUGUAAAAGGAGAACUUUCCCUGCAGGCUGAUCAGGCCUGAGUACUCAAGAGUUUGCCCUGUAAAUCCUUUCAGUUACUUAAUAAUCCAAAGAGUGGACUGGGAGGUCUCAUACCUAGCACCGCGUUGUACUGGUGAUGAGAAGAGGCGGAGCAGCCCUGUGGAGGCAGGGAAUUGCAUCUUCCUGGUUUUUUUGCCUAACCUUUAGUCCAAGAGCCCUGACAAUCAGUUAGAUACACAGUUACAAUUAAAAGUAAGCAGUUCCUGCUCUAACCCUCUUCAGAGGAAGCUGGGACACCUGCCUCAAUAUCCCAGUUUAUGUUUGCUUAAAACAACAACAACAACAACAAAGUCAAUUUCUUGUUUACUUUCACCUCUUAGAAGUCUUAGACUUUAAAUGUUUCUGACAGGUGAGGAAGAGGGGAGUGUGAUCAAAUUCAGCGUUGGCUUUACCUGUCACAUUCCCCUUCCAAGUCUGAAUGUAUUCCCUGGAAGCAGAAUACGAACCUUUCCUUCUGGCCUGGUGUCUGACACAGUGGAGGAGGAGGAGUAGAGCACGGAGUGUCAGGACUAGACAGUUGCUGGAGGCCUCUUCAGUCAGCUGGGUACGCCUGUAGCCUAAGGAGCUUAAUGGCUCCAAUAACUGUCCCGUUUAAAGAGAAACUGGAGCCUACUGGUAGCGAGGUUGCUUGGAGUUUCUUGCUAGCAAGAACUGCAGGGUGGGGUGGUGAAAGUCCUUCGAAAGGAGAGUAAAGGUUGAAGUAACCCUCUGUGCUUGGUGCCUAAUUUAACUCUGGCCUUUUGGAACGAAACAGGACUAUAGAACUAGGAGGAAAGGUAGUUGAUAUUUUUGAGCUUGGAGAACACUGGGAGUGCUGUCUCUGCCUUCUUACGUGUUAGCAGCUGUUUACGACGUGUAGUAACUGCUAAAGCUGGCUCUGGAGGAGAAACUGCUAGAAUGCAGAAGGCUGCUGUGUGUGCAGCUGCCCACUUGACUGUGUACUUGCAGGUCUCAUAAAUGAAAUGUGACCUGACUGUAGCGUGUGUGCAGGAGAUGAAAACCCCAAUUCCACGCAAGCUGUUUGUAAUGUGUAUUUCCGGAUGCUAACGCUCAAGCAUUUAAAGAAGGCUUGAGCAGAAGCCUUAGCUCUGAGGAACAAGGGCCGAGUUCUUUUCUCCUCACUUCCCCAACUGAAUACGAUCUUACCGUGGUGAACUGUUGACCUAUUCUGUUCUAGUUGAACAAUGAAUGCAGCAAUGACGUGGUGCCAGGAAUGAAAGAAGACAAGAUGCUUUUUGUUGUUGUGAUGAAGCGUUUUUGAGGUUAACAAGGUAAGUGCUAUAAGUUAUCCAAAUAAAAUAUUGGCUUGUGUGUGUGAUGACAUUGUUUUUAUUUAAUCGCUCAAUAUCAAGGUUCUGCUGGUGGCAGAGGGACUCGCUUCCGUUCCGUGUGUGUACUUAAACUGCAGGUUCACAGCUGUUCCACCUUUGUGACAAAGUGCAUGAUGUGCCAGAAGCUCUGGUUCCUCAGAGGCAGAAAAAUGCCCUCCAUGUGGCACGUAAGAGUGAGUGAGGAGGUUCUUAAAGGUGUCCUUUGCCCAGGCACGUGGUGGAUGUGCUGGCUCCCGAGGGAAAGCUGCAAUCCCUGUAGCAACGUACACUCCAUCCCUAGAAGACUCAACUGAGUUAACUGCAUCUUUGAAAGAAUGGAAUGGAUGUGAAGGGGGAGGGGGCCGUAACCGGGCUUGACUGAAAAAAGCCUGGGAAUGUCACUCCUGUUUCUGAGGGGUGGUGUGCUGGCAAGGACCCUUGGUCUGCCACCUGUCAGGAAGUGAGGAAUAGCACUUAAGUGGCACCUCAGAGGGGUUGGAUAAUUGAGUGAGUAGUCGCUUAGGAAUUAGGACUGUUCCCCUUAGGAGCGUAGCAGGAUGAACAGUCCAGCCGAAGUGCAUCUACAGCAACACAUGCAGCAUUGCAAUAAACAAGGGGAACAAGAAGUUAUUGUAAGGCAGGAGGACUACGAUAUAAUUGCCAUCAGAGAAACGUGGUGGGUUCAGCACUGGUGAGGCUGCACCUUGAAUACUGUGUUCAGUUUUGGGCCCCUCACUCUGUGAAAGAGAUUGAGAUGCACGAGUGUGUCCACAGAAGAGCAAUGAAGCUGGUGAAGGGGCUGGAGAACAAGUCUUACAAGGACUGGCUGAGAGGACUGGGGUUGUUUAGCCUGGAGAAGAGGAGGCUGAGGAGUGACCUUAUCGCUCUCUACAACCGCCUGAAAGGAGGUUGUAGAGAGGUGGGUAUUGGUCUCUUCUGCCAAGUGUUAGGUGAUAGGACGAGAGGGAACGGCCUCUGGCUGUGUCAGAGCAGCUUUCGA